UACUGUGCAGUAUAAGUUAGUAGAAAUAUUAUUCCCUCUUCGUCCUCCAGUCCAACAGGGUUCGCUGCUGGCUCGAAGCUCGGAGUCUCUGUUUCCUGUCUCUGGUUGUCUUUGUCCCCUCAGAGACUCAGAGUGCAGAGAGGAGGAACAUGUCCGCCGUGGAGCUGCUGCGGGUGUCGGUACAUGAGCGGAUCAGCGCUGCCGCUGAAGACUUCCUGCUGCAGGUGGAGGAAGGAAGAGGAAAGGCUCGAGUCCCGGAGCUGAGAGCGAAGCUCAACGAGCGGCUAAUGGCGGCGGUGGAGCAGAUCCUCGCGGGGCUUGAGAAAACCUUGUUAGAGUACGAGGGCCGAGUGGAGCGGGCAGAGCAGUCCGAGCGGGAGAUCUGCCGUCAGAGGAGGCUGCUCGAUGCCGUGAUGCAGCCCAAAGUCUGGCUGCACAGAGCAGUGUGUCCUGCAGACAUCAAGCAACUGAUGGUGAUUAUAGAAGAGGUUCCCCCUGAGGAGCAGAAAGAUAACAGAGCGGACUGUGGAGGACCAGACCCAGCCAGGAACUCAGAUCCUGGUGGACGUUUACAACCAGGUCCUGAGGACGAGACUGAAGACUCUUCUGAGACUGAAGACAGUGAGGAUGAUUGGAUGGAGACCAGGGAACCUCAGACUGGUUUGAAUACAAACAUUCAGCAACUGAUGGUGAAUAAAGAAGAGGUUCCCCCUGAGGAGCAGCAUUGGAGCCCCCUUGUGGACCAGGAGGACCCUGAGCCCCACCACAUUCAAGAGGAACAGGAGGAGCCGUGGACCAAUCAGGAUGGACAGCAGCUUCAAGGACUGGAGGAGGCUGAUAUCAAGUUCACAUUGACUCCUGUCGCUGUGAAGAGUGAAGAAGAUGAAGAGAAACUUAAAUCGUCAAAGCUUCAUCGGAGUGAGACGAAGAAGAAUAGAGCGGACUGUGGAGGACCAGACCCAGCCAGGAACUCAGAUCCUGGUGGACGUUUACAACCAGGUCCUGAGGACGAGACUGAAGACUCUUCUGAGACUGAAGACAGUGAGGAUGAUUGGAUGGAGACCAGGGAACCUCAGACUGGUUUGAAUACAAACAUUCAGCAACUGAUGGUGAAUAAAGAAGAGGUUCCCCCUGAGGAGCAGCAUUGGAGCCCCCUUGUGGACCAGGAGGACCCUGAGCCCCACCACAUUCAAGAGGAACAGGAGGAGCCGUGGACCAAUCAGGAUGGACAGCAGCUUCAAGGACUGGAGGAGGCUGAUAUCAAGUUCACAUUGACUCCUGUCGCUGUGAAGAGUGAAGAAGAUGAAGAGAAACUUAAAUCGUCAAAGCUUCAUCGGAGUGAGACGAAGAAGAAUAGAGCGGACUGUGGAGGACCAGAACCAGCCAGGAACUCAGGUCCUGAUGGACGUUUACAACCAGGUCCUGAGGACAAGACUGAAGACUCUUCUGAGACUGAAGAGAGUGAGGAUCAUUGGAUGGAGACCAGGGAACCUCAGACUGGUUUGAAUACAAGAAAUAACAAACAGCCUCUAAGUGAUAUUGGAUGUAAGACAGAAAAAAAAUCGUUAUGUUGCUCUGAGUGUGGUAGAAGAUUUAACCAAAGGGGCCAUCUAAAUAUCCAUAUGAGGAUUCAUACAGGAGAGAAACCGUUUAGUUGCUCCGAGUGUGGUAAACGAUUUAACCAUAGGGGCCAUCUAAAUAUCCAUAUGAGGAGUCAUACAGGAGAGAAAACGUUUAGUUGUCAUGAGUGUGGUAAACGAUUUAACCAAAAGGGUGUUCUAAAUAUACAUAAGAGGAUUCAUACAGGGGAGAAACCGUUUAGUUGCUCUGAGUGUGGUAAACGAUUUAACCAAAAGGGUGUUCUAAAUAUCCAUAUGAGGAAUCAUACAGGAGAGAAACCAUUUAGUUGCUCUGACUGUUGUAAAAGAUUUAGUCAAAGGUGCGAUCUAAAUACACAUAUGAGGAGUCAUACAGGAGAGAAACCGUUUAGGUGCUCUGAGUGUGAUAAAGGAUUUAGUCAUAGGGGCAAUCUAAAUACACAUAAGAGGAUUCAUACGAGAGAGGAACCGUUUUGUUGAUCUGAGUGUGGUAAAAGAUUAAAGAUUCAGUCCUAUUGUACAAGACAUUUGAGGAUUCAUAAAGGAGAGAGGCGACACAGUUGCAACCUUUGCAACAAAAGACUUAUUAGGAUUUAUCAACAGAUAUUCAUAUUAUACAUAAUCAUAGUUCACUGUUUUAAAUAGACUUAAAAGUUGUUAUGUCCCUAUAAAAUAUAAAUCAUUGAAAAAAACAAAAGAUCUGUGUUGAUAUAUCUUGUUUUUAAUGAUUUCUACAUAAUUUCUCUAUUUUUCAAAAUGUCCUUCAUGUUGUUUUAUGGUUAAAGUGUGUUCAUUGCACAGUAUGAAUGUGUGUUUUGAACUAGUUUAUAUCAUUAAAUAAGUUUGUUUAACACAAUGGUUUCUUGGUUCGUGAGAUUCAAUGACAGUGUAUGUUCUCCUUCAUGUAUUGAA